AUGAGUUCCAUCAAGACUGCUGGAGAGGCUGUGGCCCGAAUUGCCCAUUUGGCCUCCGACGUGGUUGUGUCCGUCGUGCCUACCCUUGCUUCUGAGUCCGAGUUCUCAGAGGCUCUCAAGUCACUGCAAAAGAACAACGCAACUAGCAUUGUUGCGAAGGGACAGACAGAGCUCAUCACUGUUCGCCAAAAUGCGGAUCCGCUCCUCUCGGUCUUCCAGCCCAUCCGCGCGGGCAAGCUCACCAGCGUCACCACCACCUCGUCUAUUCUCGUAAAAUCUAUACCCCACCUCUACAAGCUCGCUCAGUACCCCGUCGUCCUUCACGUCUCGGUACAGCCAUCUGGCUUCCCCGACUUCUCUGAUAUCACCUCCAUCAGAAACUCCGGCUUCACAUUUAUCCAGUCCGAGACGCUACAGGAGGCGCAGGAUUUGGCCUUGACUGCCCAUGCUCUAGCAGUAAAGUCUGGCAAGGGUGUCAUUCAUUUCUUCGACUCUGGAGCAUAUGCCUUCAAGAAGGAGAUCGACUACGAGGAUGCUGAACUGGCACGGAAAGUUUUGGACUUGGAUACUGUCGCAAGCUUCCAGAGGACCAAGUCAGAGGAGACUACCCUGUACGCCGACGAUGGCAGGAGCGCUACACUUUCACUCGCCCGCAGCCAGGCUGCCAACAUUGGCUCCGAGCCAGCUCCACUAAGCUCUUCUGAGCAUGGUAGGUCACUGCCGGUUUCUGAGAGAACGAGCGAGCGAGCAGACUCAUCUUCUGGUUCAUCACAGCGCGACGCCAGCACAAGUGGCGCUUCCGUGUCAUCGGCAACCACUGUCGAAUCGCUUGUCUCUAAACCCAUCUCAUCGGAGGAUAUCUAUCGCUUCGCCACCCAGAUUUGGGGAACUAUUAGGGAUGCCACUGGCCGAUCAUACGACGCUUUCGCGUAUACUGGAAGCGGCCAAGAAGAGGCUGCUAUCUUCUUGUUUGGUGCCGACACUGGUCUGUUCGCCACGGAAUUGGACACAGUAGAAGACGGUGAGGAGUACGCUAACACAGGCAUCAUCACAGCGAGAUUGUACCGACCAUGGUUGGGUGCUUCAUUGGCGCACUUGCUUCCUCGCUCGCUGAAGAGAAUCGCCGUCUUGGAGCAAGUCCGACGAAAGACCACCAAGUGGGGCCCAUUGCUUCUCGAUCUUUUGAUGUCCAUGAAGUCGACUGGAGGCGCAUCACCGAUCAUCGUUGGAUACCAACUCGGCUACAUUAACGAGGAGACUGUCCAGCAGGCACUUCGUGGUGUGCAUCAGAACCUCAUGAGCGAGACGCCCGUACAGAACUUGCAGAUUGGCAACAUGGACGGACCGGAGCCACAAAGUACGAAGCCCGAACAGCCUGCACUGGAGAACGCUUACAUGAAGAUUCUCAACCAGGUCUUCGGGGAUAAGUUGCACAUCGCCAACCAGCUUGGCUCACAGCACGCCGGCGUCUCGAACGAGCUCGCUGCCAGCCCUGAGUACGGUUUUGGUUCCCUGGUAGCACGCAAGGAGCAUCGGAAGCGCUUCGUCGACGAGGCUGCUGCGGCUUCCAAGGACAACGCUUUCACCACAUCAGCACCUCAACAGUGGCUCUCGAAGUGGGCCUUGAGUGCGGAAGACACCGACAAAGCUAACGAGUAUGCGCCUGAGGUCAUAUCUCGUUUGAGCACCGACGGCUCGCCAGCCGCGAACCAGCUGUUAGCAUCGAAGAAGCUAUUCUACAAGGAGUCACCCUGGCUGGUUGGAUCAGAUGCCUGGGCAUACGACCUCGGAAACUCUGGUGUGCAUCACGUACUGGCGUCCGGCGAGAAUGUGAACAUGCUCAUUGUUGACUCGACACCUUACUCUGAACGCACCGCUGCAGAUGCAGAGAGGAGAAAGAAAGACAUUGGACUAUACGCCAUGAACUUUGGUAACGCUUACGUCGCAUCUGUUGCUGUCUACAGCUCAUACACCCAGGUGCUUGAGGCCAUGAUCGAGGCUGAUAAGUUCGAUGGACCUUCCGUCGUCCUUGCCUACCUCCCUUACGAGAAGGAGAAUGACUCUCCCUUGACUGUCCUGCAAGAGACCAAAAAGGCUGUCGAUCUCGGUUACUGGCCGUUGUACCGAUGGGACCCUCGCGGCGAUGAUAAGGGUGAGCCUAACUUCACUCUUGACUCCGAGAGGAUCAAGAAGGAGCUCGAAGAGUUCCUGGCCCGCGACAACUAUAUGUCUCAGGUCAUGAAGCGUCACCCCGAGUUCUCAUCCCACAUUUCUGGCUCAUAUGGCACCGAAGUCAGGCAACUACAGAAGCGCAAGGCCAAGGAUGCUUACAGCAAACUUCUCGAAGGUCUUCAGGGCGACCCAAUGACGGUCCUCUUUGCUUCAGACAACGGUAAUUCCGAGAACCUUGCAAAGCGUCUUGCCAACCGUGGCAAAGCGCGAGGUCUAAAGACCAUGGUCAUGGCUAUGGACGACUUCCCUCUCGAAGACCUCCCCAACGAGCAGAACGUCGUUCUGUUCACGAGUGUAGCUGGCCAAGGAGAGUUCCCGCAAAACGGAAGAACUUUCUGGGAGACCGUCAAGGAUUCUACCGAUCUGGACCUGGCGACCAUCAACUUUGCGGUCUUCGGUCUCGGUGACAGCCACUACUGGCCACGAAAGGAAGAUAAGAUUUACUACAACAAGCCCGCAAAGGACCUGCAUGCUCGCUUGCUCACCCUUGGAGGUACCCCUCUGGUAGAGUGUGGUCUUGGAGACGAUCAGGAUCCGGACGCGUACCAGACGGCGUACGCCGAGUGGGAGCCGAAGCUCUGGCAGAAACUUGGCGUUGAUAAUGUUGAGGGUCUUCCCGAAGAGCCUGCACCGUUGACCAACGAGGACAUGAAGGCUGCUUCGAACUUCCUCCGUGGUACCAUCGAGGAGGGUCUGAACGACACCUCCACUGGCGCCAUUUCUGCAAGCGACCAGCAGCUCACCAAGUUCCACGGAACCUACAUGCAAGAUGACCGCGAUCUUCGCGACGAGCGCAAGGCGCAAGGUCUCGAGCCAGCCUACUCUUUCAUGAUUCGUUGCAGGUUAGCCGGUGGUGUUGCCACUCCCAAGCAGUGGCUACAGAUGGACGAAAUCGCCACUAAGCUUGGCAACGAGACCAUGAAGUUGACUACUCGACAAACCUUCCAGUUUCACGGUGUCGUCAAGGGCAAGCUCAAGCCGGCCAUGCAAGCUAUCAACAAGUCUUUGAUGACCACCAUCGCCGCUUGCGGUGACGUGAACCGAAACGUCAUGUGCAGUGUACUGCCUACUCAAUCGAAGUACCACAGCCAGGUUCACGAGGCUUCACAGAGGAUCAGCGACCACCUUCUGCCUUCCACAUCUGCCUACCACGAGAUUUGGCUGGAGGACGACGAGACAAAGCAGAAGCGCAAGAUUGCUGGUGAAGCUGUUCAGGAUCACGAGCCGCUGUACGGUCCUCUUUACCUGCCGCGAAAGUUCAAGAUCACCAUCGCAAUCCCGCCUCACAAUGACACUGAUGUCUAUGCACACGACAUUGGUCUUAUUGCUAUUAAGGGUGAAGAUGGCAACUUGAAGGGAUUCAACCUUCUCGCUGGUGGUGGCAUGGGUGUUACGCACAACAACAAGAAGACGUACCCGCGCACUGGAUCCAUGUUCGGUUACGUAUCCAACGAGGAUGUCCACAUCGCUUGCGAGAAGAUCAUGCUUGUCCAGCGCGACCACGGCGACCGCAAGAACCGAAAGCACGCCCGUCUCAAGUACACCAUUGACGAUAUGGGUAUCGAUGUCUUCCGUGGCAAGGUCGAGGAGCUCUGGGGUCAGAAGUUUGCUGACCCAAAGCCAUUCAAGUUUGAGAGCAACGUCGACACCUUCGGCUGGCAAAAGGAUGAGAACGGUCUGAGCCACUUCACCUUCUUCAUUGAAAACGGUCGUAUUGAGGACACAGCCGACUUCCCCAUGAAGACUGGCCUCAUUGAGGUGGCCAAGGCACACAAGGGCGAGUUCAGAUUGACUGGUAACCAGCAUUUGGUCUUGUCCAACGUAGCGGAGGAAGAUUUGCCUGCGAUGAAGGAGCUGCUCAAGAAGUGGAAGCUUGACAACACCAACUUCUCCGCUAUGAGGCUAUCUAGUUCAGCUUGUGUUGCGUUCCCCACCUGCGGUCUCGCCAUGGCGGAAUCAGAGCGCUACCUCCCAGAGCUCAUCACCAAGCUUGAGGGCACACUUGAGGAGAACGGCCUGCGACAGGAAAGCAUAGUCAUGCGCAUGACCGGAUGCCCUAACGGUUGCGCCCGUCCAUGGCUGGCUGAAGUUGCUUUCGUUGGAAAAGCUUAUGGUGCCUACAACAUGUACCUUGGCGGUGGCUACCAUGGUCAGCGACUGAAUAAGCUGUACAGGAGUUCUAUCAAGGAGGACGAGAUCUUGGAGAUCAUGAAGCCGAUGAUCAAGCAAUAUGCAACGGAGCGUAACGAGGGCGAGCACUUUGGUGACUUCGUCAUUCGCAAAGGCUACAUUAACGAGACUACGCACGGAACGAAUUUCCACGACAACACUGCGGAAGAAGAAUCAGAUGGCGAGUAAAUUGGGAGACAUCAAGAUACCUGAAGAUACUGGCUCAUGGCAUUGCAUUUGAUCGCUUCGGCGGCUCAUGAUCAUUUUGGCGUUAUAUUGGAAAACUUCAAGCGUUGAGAUCUCACUGCUAGUUUUUGUAUUUUUUUCCAUAAUUCAAUAAGAUUAUGGCUGUUCUAUUCGGCCACAAUCGCUC